AUGAUCGAAGUGUUCUACAUGACAAUCCCCAAGAUAAUCUACCUCGAGUCCCCCAACCUCCUCAUCUUCGUCUACUUCCUAUCGAACCGAGCGUCACCAUGGGACACGAUGAAAUGGUUGGCCUUGAUCUCUAUGCCUUACGAAUGCUGCCUCCGCUUCCUGGACUGGUCUUCAGAUCCAUGGUCCCCCAGAAAAGACCGCACAACGGCCAUGAUGGUACAGAUGACGUCUUCCAAAAAGCCUCCGCCCAAGAAACCCUCCCGCAGCAAGACUCCGGCAAAGCGCCGUGCAAACGGAGCAACCUCGAUUGCAAAUAGCACCAACAGGUCCCUUCCGCCUCACCCUCGCCCUCACCAACAAGAGCGCAAAGCAAUCAUGGUUCAAUUUGAAGAAGUGAAAGCACACACUGCUAAGUGUGAUGACUGUGAUCAUCGAAAUACCAAUGGCAUGAGUCGAUGCAAGCUCUGCGGCUGGCAAUGCUGCCGCAAGUGCCAGGCAAUUCGUGGCGGGGAUAAAACCCACGAAACCGUCCGGGGCCCGCAUGUCCCAAUCGCAGAGAACCUUGAAGCUCAAGCUAGCCCUAGCCUUGUUGGAACGGUAAGUCGACUCGCAAAUGCUGGUCGCGCAUCAAGCGUAUUUGCUGAUGUUGGACGUGUACCUCUCGCGGCUCAUAUGGUUGCUGAUCGUACACCCGCUGCCGCUGAACAGGAUGCUGUCAGUGCAUUGAUGCGUAUGGGUUCCCCGCCCCCGACACAGAGCAUUGGCCGAUUCAAUGCCGAGAGCCCCGUUCCGCCGUCUACUUCUCGCUCUGUUCGUAACGACGACGACGACGACUACAACCGCAUCUUGGAGGACUUAUCGGAUGUCGAGACUGUGGGUGGCGAUUCCACCAUUACUUGGGACUCUGACCUGGAUGAGAAUAAUGAGCAACUUGAGCCGAUCCUGGAGCCCCUAGGUUUGUGUCGCCGCAACCCACCCCGUGCCUCGCGUCCUGAUGAUAUGCGCGACUAA